AUGGGCUCCACACAAGACUACCACAACAACAGCAGCAUGCAUCAGUCGCUCGACUCGUCGCUCGCGACGCAAGGUCUCGCCGACGAGCAGCGCGGACUUCUCGACCUGAUCGACAAGCUGCAAUUCGCGCAGCUCGAUAAUGUCAAACUCCCGCAGAUCGUCGUCGUGGGCGACCAGUCGGCCGGCAAGUCGUCCGUCCUCGAGGCGCUGAGCGGAACACCCUUUCCUCGCGAUGCGGGCGCCUGCACCCGCUUCGCGACAGAGAUCCGACUACGUCGCGCCAAGGAGACGAGCCUCAAGGUGUCCAUCAUCCCGGACAAGAAAAGACCCUUCAACGACCAGCAGCGGAUGAAGGAGUGGGGCGCGAGUGUCGGGCCCGACGCCUCGUUCGAGGCCAUGAUGCGCCAGGCGACUGAGCUCAUCGCACCCAGGGAGAUUCCCGGUCGGUUCGCGGCCAGGGACAUUCUCGUUGUGGAAAAGUGCGGGCCCGACAUGCCGCUGCUGACCAUGGUCGACCUGCCCGGCCUCGUCCGUGUGGCCAACCGAGAUCAGUCGGACACGGACAUUUCGACCAUUGACGCGCUCUCGGACCGGUACAUGAAGAGCUCGCGCACCAUCAUCCUGGCCGUCAUUGGCGGGAACAACGACUACGUGCAGGCGCCGAUUCUCAAAAAGGCGCGCCACUUUGACCCGACGGGCGCGCGCACGAUUGGCGUCCUCACCAAACCCGACAUGACGGAGCGCAUCGGGAUCGAGGACAAGUUCAUCGACCUCGUCAUGAACAAGGACCCGGAGAACCACUUCAAGCUGGGCUGGUACGUGCUGCUGAACCCGGGCCCCAACGAGACGUGGUUCACGCCCGAGCAGCGACUGCAGCGCGAGGCCGAGUUCUUUAGCCGCGGCAAAUGGGCAGGGCUCCCACCCACCACGUGGGGUGUGGGCUCGCUCCGGACGAAGCUGAGCUCGCAGCUGCAGCGACACAUCGGCAAGCACGUCAAGACGCUGCGCCGACAGAUCCAGCAGUCGCUGGAGCGAUGCGAGACGCAGCUCAGGGCCAUGGGGGCUGGCAAGGACACGGUGGAGGAGAUGCGCUUCGAGAUGGGCGAGCUGUUCACGGCCUCCAACAACCUUGUCACGCCCGCCGUCAAUGGUAACUACAAGAAUCCGUUUGGGGAAAAGUUCUUUUCCCGGCAAUCCAGUCCCAAGGGCACCCCGUCGCAGAAGCUACGGGCGCGUGUCCGCGAGGAGAGCGAUCGCUUCGCCCGCCGCUUCCGCCAGCACGGUCGCAAGGUCAACUUUGGCACGGGGCCUGAUGGGCACUCGUUCGCUGCCGGCACUGUUGGCGACCCUGCCAAGCAGGCCUUUGCGCAGAACGAGGUCGAGCCCCUGCUUCGACAGAUCCGCGGUAACGAGUUGCCCCUGGACUCGAACCCUCGUGCCCCCUACAUCCUGUUCCAGGACUACUCCAGGAACUGGCCCCUUCUCGCGCAGGAGUACAAGGAGAAUCUCGGUGUGAUCUGUCACGAGUUUCUCGCCGAUGUCAUUGACCACGUUUGGCCGAUGCGCAUGCGCGACCCCCUGCGCUUCCGUUUCCUGGAGUUGAAGAUGAAGGAGUGCAUGGAGAAGGCGACGACGGAGCUGGGCCGCCUGUCGGACGACAUGGAGCUCGAGGUGCAGCCAUUCGACCCCGAGUACGAGGAGCGGCUUCGCGCCUGGCGCGCUGCUGCGACCGUGGACGGUGGCACCUACAGCGAAGCCGAGGAGGUGCUGGAGAAGAUGCUUAUUUACUACGAUCUCACCGCGCGCAUCUUUGUGCGCAACGUCAUCACGCAAGUUGUGGAGCGACAUCUGCUUCUGGGCAUGCUCCGUCUCUUCAACCCGAUUGAGAUUCUGCGCAUGCCCAAUGAGACUGUCGAGGCCAUUGCGGCGGAGAACAAGGAGACGCGCGACCGCCGGCUCGCGCUCAAGGCACAGAAGGAGGCUAUCGAGGAAGCGCGCAACAUCUGCGCUAGCCUCGCGAUGCGCAGCGAGUUGAGGGCCCACGACGACGAGCCGGACGACGAGGUGACGGAUGAGGAGGAUGGGUCGCAGCCAGCGCCGACCUUUAUGCCUCAGCGACAGUCGAGGACGUAUCACCAGCAGGGCCCGCCUGCCGCUCAGCAACAGCAACAGCAGCAGCAGCAGCAGCAAAAACAACAACAGGCACAGCACGAACCGCCCAGCCGACGACCUGUCCGCGCCGACAGCCCGCACACGGCGACAACGCCUCAGGAGACGCACACGAACGGCAGCCGCCGCCCUGAGAGCUGGGAGCACUCUGAGUACAUGGCAGCAUCGUCUGGCACGGGGCAGGCACCAGCCCACGCGCCUCCCCCGCCGCCUCGCCCGUCCAAGGUUGGGUUUGAGGAGGAUGCCGGCUCUGCCAAGCCCGAGAGGACAAAGGACAGUGCGCGCAGCCGGAUCUUUAGUUCUACGAGGUUUGGGUAG